CCCAUCCAGAGCUUCCCUCUCCAGCCAUCGCUCAUAUAUCAAUACUCUCAGCAUGGCUCCCGACAAGAAGGAAGAAGCAUCCUCCCCGGAUGCUGCCAUCCCCGACCCGCCGCCCAUCCACCCGUCCUUCAUCCAGGUAGCCAAGCCGUACAUCUUUGAGCAGACCAUUCAGCAAUGUAUUGCCGCGAUGGGUGUCAAUCCACUGCGCGAAGAAUCCCUUCGCUUGCAAGGCGUGACCUGGAUCGAUAAUGUCCGCCGUGUGCUCUACCUCCCGAUCCGCACCUUUAACACGGCUGUGGUGUACUACCACAAGUUCCGACUCGUUCAUCCUGACAACGAGUAUAAUUAUAUGGACGCCGCUGCAGCUGCGCUCUUUACUGCCUGCAAGAUCGAGGACACGUUGAAGCGGUCCCGGGAGAUUGUUUGCGCUGCGUAUAAUCUCAAGCUGCCGGCACAGGAGCACAUGGCUCCUGAUAAUCCGGUCUUUGAAGCACACGCCAGAGGCAUCAUCGGCCUGGAGAGACUAAUGCUGGAGGCAUCCGGCUUCGACUUCCGGACCCGCCAUCCGCAAAAGACGCUCAUCAAGCUCGCCCGGAAGUACGGGCUGACUCCGCAAUCGGAGGUCUCGAACCUGGCGUAUCGCAUCUCGCAGGACCUCUAUCGUACGUACGCGCCUAUCAAGCAAACGACGUCCACCAUGGCCUUCACCUGUUUGGAACUGGCGGGGCGGUUACUUGACCAGCGAAUCGAGGCCGUGGAGCAAGGCGUUGACUAUGCAAACUGGAAGACGAGUCGUGAGGAAGUAAUGGAAACUCUCUUCGACCUCCUAGAGCUCUACACCCACAACCGCGGACACACCACCGUCGGUCCCCAUUUUCCAGCGGAUCGCUUCCUCACCGUCCGCAUUCCACUAAACACCGAAGCCGAGUCCCAGAAACUACCCCGGUACACGAACUGGGUUCCUGAACCUCGCGAAAGCAAGGCCACGAACGGCGACAAAGCCACGAAGGAUGCCACCACCAAACUGCACCCUCUCACUCCUGUUGCCGCCAAUGGAGACCGGCCCAGAGCUACAGAAAAGGGCCGCGAUGGCGCCGUGCGCUUUAUGCUGGAUCCGGAGUGCGCUGAUGCCGAGAAAUCCCACGUAGCGACGUACUUCAAAGUGGAGAUGGAAGAGUACGAGGUUGAGGAGUGAAUUGCUUUGAUUCUCUCUCACACAGUCUCCUGAUUGCCAUAUAUCAGAUGGACACUAGGCUGCGUUCCAGCUGCAAGUAACGUGCAUUGCUCUGCACGUGUUACUACAUAAUGCAUCCUGCAUAGAGGCCCGUCUCGUCUGGUCUCGUCUGAGCACGCGGGCGAAUCACCGAGCAUGGCAAUACGCCUCGGGCCUCACCUCACUCAGACGAGGACAUUCGCGCCCCGCUCAACUGUUGAUCGACUGAUGGAUGACCCACAGGCAUCUUCAAGCGACAAGGCCGGAAUGUGACUCCUCUUGAGCGAGCCCCCUGGUAAGUGUUCGUGUGCCGUGUGCCGACAUAUUGAGAAGGACAGACAUUCAGAAAGGUCAUUCGGACUCUUUAAUGAGGCUCCGUGUCAGCGUACACCGACAAGCGGCCCAGGAGGGUGGAAGCAUUCCAGGGGACUAUGACCGCACCUAUAUAAACCUGCUUUAGUACAUACUUACCAAGACAAAGACAGAAAGUUAGCGAUAUAUUGAAUGCAAUGUAUACUACCA